AUGUCCACGGCUUCGCCGACCGCGUUCUUGACAUGGGCUAUGCUUUCGUGCUUGUUCCUAAUCUACUUGAUAUACCAUCUCUGGAGCUACGACAGGUUUCGCUGUCUCCUAUGGAACUCAGGUCGCCAACCAGGCGCGUUCAAACGCGUAAUGACAUAUUCAUAUCUUUUGACGACACCACUUCUUCUCGUUUUCAGUGUCGGAAUAUGCAUACUCAAGUAUCGAGAAGGCUUUCUUCUCAUACCCAACCCCAUCCAGCCGGAGUCCGGCGGGGAACAACAUAUCCCGCUACUUCCUCCAACAACAUCUGUAGGGCUCUCGACCCCAACACCUGUCGUGCUCUGGAGCCCCGAGCAUAAGCGCGCAUUACUUGCCAUGUACUUCGUCUUCAGUAUAGGCUGGGCCCUCGAGCAAGUUACUCAUUUUGAAGAGCUUGCCUUUUGGCUAUUCCUACUUGACCAAAAACAGGAGAAGCGGAGCUGGUUCGAGAGCUGGGAGUAUCGGCUAUGGUACUGCAGUUGCGUAGUGUCCAUCCUCGGCAUGCCCCUCACAACGCUUGUCACACGCAAUGACCUUGAAACUACAGACGCCUGGACAUUUUUGGUUGGCGCUGCGGCGUCUACGUUGACGAACAUCGUGUUCGUAUAUGUUCUCUUCCGCUUUCCGGCGUUCCUCCGACACGUUAAGCGUGAGGGUGCCGAGCCGGACGUGGUCGUCCGUCUCUCGAUGUUCUACGAGAUGAAUCUGGUCCGCGUAGUCUUCCGGUUCGCGGUAUCCUUGCCGCUGUUUGUUCUUGCGAUAGACGGCGUCCAGGGAGAUCAUUCCAUCAGCAACAGCGUGUUCUGGACAGACUUUCUACUCAUGGUUGCCGCGAUUGGACAAUUCGUGUCAUCUGCUAUUACGCUCAUGAUAUUCUUCCCACGCACGCAGCAGACCCAGUCAUUCCAAGGCGCACCCUCGAACCGCUCAUCGUACUAUCCUCCAGGAGUGGCAUCUCCGACGUAUUCAGUCCAUGCGACCCCGACGUACCCACCGACCGCAGCAACUUCGCCCAGCAGUACAAGCCCUCCACAACCGCCACCGUUCCUCUUCCGCCCCUCUCGCCCGUCACUUCAGCGCGACCUGAGCAUCGGAUCCGCUCGUACUCCGGCGCCUUCGGAGAUCCUCUCGCCCAUCUACCGCGAAGAAGGCGUGCCGAUCCCUGACGAAGAUCAUGACGAAGAGGCUCCGAGCUACUUUGACACCGUGGGCAUGCAUCGUCGCCACAAUCGUCGGGGGAGCACGAGCAAGGGCGUUGACUUCGACCUUCCUGAAGAGGACGAGGAUCUGAAUAACGGAGACGGGAGCGAGAUCCCGUUACCCAGACUCAUGCGAACUGAGACUGUGCCCAGCAGCACUGCCAGGUUCGUGGGACGGGAGAUGCGCGCCAGUCGGCACGCGAGUGCGGCGUCAGGCUCAAGUCUGCAUCCCUAUGUCGCUGGCUUCACUUCUCCCAUAGAUCUCGCGAGCGUAUCGCGUUCACGGCUCUCAGGACACAUCUCGGGGCGACUCGCCUAG